AGGUGCGGGAAAACAAAUGCAUUCAUAUUUCAUUCAUAGUUCAUUAGUGCAUGAUGGUUUUAAAGGGUGUUUUUGCAGUUCUUGUUCCUACAAGAUUUCUUACCUUGUGUGCUCAUUUUUUUAUUCUUGUAUGUCUUCUUUGGGAUAAAGAAGAGAACUUGCGUUUGUGUUUGCUCAAGUACAACUCGGAAUACGCCAAUUACUUCAACAAUGAAUACGUUAUCAGCUUGGCGUUAAGUUUAGGCUCGGUGACAGUCGAAUUUUCCGGGUUCUUGUCCGGCAUCUCUAUGUUCUCCGAACUCCAUUGUUUGCUAUCGAGUGCGUGUCAUACUGUUGCUGCUUUCACCUGGUCAAUAUCUUACGUUGAGCAAUGGGAUUGCUCUAUCCCCUACGGCUGGUACAUUUUGUGUGUGUGUGUGGGAAUUCCUCUGUUGUCAGAACUGAUCUUGUUCAUGGGUUUCAUACGACGUGUUAGUUCGCAUUGAUUCUCAUUGUAAAAUUAAGCAAAACAAUUCAGAGCUCUGUAUGAGAGUUAUCUUUACAGUACAUGAAAUAAUAAUCUCCAAGUCCAUUCA